UCGAUCGCUACCGUAGAGACAGGACCACAACAAAAAUGGGACAAAUGUCUAGAUCGAAAUGCGUUAAAAGGAGGCAUUUGGAAUAAUCUUGUUGCAAUGAAUGAUCAAUUUAGUGGAAAACGGUAACGUAACCAUGUGCUAAAUUUAUAGUCGGAAUAUCAAACUGACUUGUCAAGCUUUUGAGCUGGAUAGCCUUCUAGCAAGCAACCAGGCCUGUUGAUGAUGUGGAGUGGAGAAGUAAGAAAAAUGGACCAAAACAAGGUAGACCAUUCGAAUACCUCAGUAGAACGUUUAAUAGCCUAUCUACGCUCAAUAUGUAUGCUCAAAUUCACCUUGAGAGCUACCCUAGAGAUGGAGAGUUAUUGUGUGUAAAGGCGUAGUUAGGCUACUGUUCAGUCCCAUCACUUUUCCAGUUCCAAGCAUCGCCGUAAGCGUAUCCUCUCAGGGCAGCUGUCGCCUGCACGUUAGGUUGGUCCAUAUGGAGUCUAUGAAAUAUGACUGGACUAUUGCACGAGGGCAGACGUGCAAGGAUAAAGAUGCACUUCCGCGCCUCAAGCAACACAGCUCACCGCCACCGGUCAUGACUUGGGACACUUCGUACAUUUGCGACGCAGAAGACUUAGAGCUUGCGAGAAAAAAGGAGAGAGUUACACUUAAUUGAAGAACAGAUUGCUCGCAAGAAGGCAUCAAUCGCUUUAAAAAAGAACGAACUGCAACGAACGACGUUGCAGAGGGAAAAUGAUAAUCAAGUAGACAAGGAAGAAUGGAACCGUCAAAUGGAGACGGACACACAACAUGAAAAACCUUCACUACUCACCAGCAAUAACUGUCCACAGAGGCCACCCCAUCUCACAGAAAGACAAAUUAGUAUUCUGAAUGAGCUGACACAGCCACAUGUGUCCGCCUUUGAACCCUCAGAUCCUGCUCCGUUUAUGAAAAGUUUUGUGGAGAAGAGAAAUGCUGAAAUCUUACAGAGAGAUUCGAAAGAAAAACGGACGUCUCAAUCAGAUUUCAAUGCAACCCUCACCCCAGAACAUAAAGUUGAAGCUUUGAGACCUCACCAUCACUCAGAGCAUGCACUGCCAUCACCAGGUUACAAGCCCUCAGAUCCUGCUCCAUUUAUGACAAGUUUUGUGGAGAAGAGAAAUGCGGAAAUCCUACAGAGAGAUUUGAAAGAAAAACGGACGUCUCAAUUACACUUCAAUGCAACCCUCACCCCAGAACAUAAAGUUGAAGCUUUGAGACCUCACCAUCACUCAGAGCAUGCACUGCCAUCACCAGGUUACAAGAGUUCAACUGCACCACCAGAUCCAUUCAGUAUGGAUCACUCUCCGGGAACAAGCAGCAGCGGUCAAUCUUCAAAGGGCUUCAACCGCUUCCUCAGCAUCCUUAAUCAAGGGGUAGAUUUAGGAAGGCUCUCUGACAUAGUGAAUGCGGGUCAGGUCGGAGCUGUGGAUAACAAACCAACAGCUACGGUUCACGGUGAAACACGCAGGAGUGUGGAUUUGGACCGUAAUGACUCAAGCGACAAGCACAGAGAAUCAAGAGUCGAGGAGCGGGGCUCAGGAAGCAAGAGAGGUGACUCCGGUGUUGAUGACGAUCACUUAAAAGACAAGGACAGACCGUCCAGACACAACCUGGGAGACUCUGAAGAGAAGGAUGGGAGAUCAACAGGCAGGAGGAGUGACUCGAGAGACAGACACAGGCACUCAGGCGACCGGAAAAUCACAACGGACUGGAGAGAAACAGACAGGGUCUGGGACUCAAGAGAGAGAGACAGGAGUUGGGAUUCCAAAGUGGAAGACAGGAGUUGGGAUUCCAAAGUGGAAGACAGGGGCUGGCACUCCGGAGAGAGAGACAGGGAUGCAAGACACAGGAGGUUGGAACCGAGAGAUGGUUACUGGGAUCCACAGGACAGAGACAACAAACCUAAGAAAGGGGAUUGGGACAGGGAAUGGGCAGGCGGGGAUCGGGAGUCCAAAGACCACAGGCGGGAAUCCCAGAGUCCGAGCAGAAGAUACUCAAGAGACGGCAGCAGCAGGAGGAGCAAGAGCAGAUCGCCCAGCCCCGUCUCAUCCUCAUCAGAAUACAAGAGGAAGACCGAGAAGAGGGAACAAUUCUCUAGGAUCCAGACCCUCCUUCAGACCGUCGGGCUGGAGUUAGGAAUCGAAGACGUGGACCGACUGAAUAGUAGGACCCAGGAGCGGCUCUAUGGAGUGAAGCGCCCAAGAGCCAACCUGGACAAUCAUUCCCCAGAUUCUCACCGCAGGCAGCAUGACUCCCAGGAGCACAGAGUCACAUCCAGUGACGUCAAACGUCCUCGGAGAGUUUCCGGAUCUGACCUUAGUCAUUCAGCAGAGUGCUCCGCAGAAGGCAACCCUGUCGGGCCUGCUGCCCAGAAUAUACCCGUGUCCACAUUGUCACAGUCUCAACCAGCACACUAUUCAAGCUAUACAGUGAUGCAUCAUAACUCCUGUGAAGGGCAAUACCCCAGUGCCUCUGUCCAGAGCUGGACCCCUGUUGGAUGGAGCGGAGUGCCUCCUUCAUAUGGCCCACCCCAGCAUCCUCCACCUCCAACACCACUGCCACCACCACAAACUCCCAUUCAUCUGCCUCCACCACCACUACCACAACCCCAAAUGUAUUUACCUCCACAACCCCAAACUCAUGUGCCUCCACCAACGCUACCACAAUCCCCAAUUACUUUGCCUCCACCACCUCUACCACAAACUCCCACUCAUUUACCUCCACCACCACUACCACAACCCCCAACUCAUCUGCCUCACCUCCAAUCACUCCCAAACCUUCCCCUUCCCCCUUCAACCUACUCACUCUCUCCACCAUUCCCACCGCCCACACAGGGGACGUCAUGUCUCGGGGUGGCAGAAAUGCAGUGGAGGAAGGAGAAUGAGAAGCAGCGUUGCCUCUCGACCUUGAUAGAGGUGCCUCUGACGGCAACACUGAAGCCAACAAUGUCCAAGAGCAGUACACAUGGAAAACAUGGAAACAAAUGGAAAAAAUGGAAACAAAGACAGAAAGCAAUUAGGAGAGCAGCAGCUGUUGCUGCUGAAGGGUCCAAGAGGGCUGCCGCUGCUGCCUUUGCCGCUGCUGCAGCUACGGCUAGAGCCAACAUGACCACUGCACCGCAUACUGCAACUGUUACCCCUGGGACUCCAACGCCUGCUGCGGCUGGUACUGCUGCUUUUACCGUUUCUACCGCUAGUGCUAAACCAGCUAAACCAGUGAUAGUACUUCGCCUAAAGAGUGGAGACGUACUGUAGUGGGAGCCAGCAAACGUGGAGUAAGUGCUAGGACAGAACUCGGACAUGAUUGAAUGAUGAUAGUAAUAACACAUGAUAGGAAAUAUUUACCUUAACAAACUGAACAAGAAACUUUAAGAGCAGUUUCUAUCUGGACAUAUUUUAGAGAACCCUCUUGUCAUCAUCUGUUUUUUGUUGUAUCUUUGAUCUGUUUUCAGAAAUAACUUUUGAUUAUACUGUACAUGUUUGUUCAUAGUAGUAGUUUAUCCAAAACUAUUAGUUUGGAUGGGCCUAUGGGCCUUUGAAGAAUCAAAUCAAAGUGAUCUGUAAAACAACCCUAAUCAUUUUUUUUUCUUCUUACUUUUACUUCUACAUUACUUUUACUUCUACUUUACUUUACUUUUACUUUACUUUUACCUCAGCUUUACUUUACUUUUUUUAUAGACUGUCUUCAUAGCAGGGUACUGCUGGUAACAGGUUACUUUUGCUUAGCAACAUGUAAUAGUUAAAAAAAGGUCAAUCAGUGUCCUAGACCUAGUGUAGUGUCAACUGCAAAGGUCUCCAAAGGUCCACUUACCAUGUGCACCCUUGAACAUAAUAUUUCACAUCAGGGUAUCAACUCAACAUAGGGCCUUGAUUUGAAUGAUGGGCAAAUUACAAAUUGUUAAGUCUAAUGAAAGCUAAUUUAAUAACUGGGCAUAUAUAAUUUAGCUAGAGUAACAAGUAAGACCUUAACAUUGAGGAGUCUAAUUUAACACCAUGGGUAAGACCUUAACAUUGAGGAGUCUAAUUUAACACCAUGGGUAAGAUUGAGGAGUCCACUCAACAGUAUUUCAUGCACAAGAAUCAGUGACUGACUUUGUAGAUUGUCUGACUUUUAUUUAUUUGCUAUUUUUUUAUGUACUCUUCAGAAAGGGCCAAGCAAAAUUAGCCAGCAGAUUUGUCAUUUUGAAUCUAUAUUUUUGUUCAUAUGAGUCAUCCCAUGUGGGAUGUACUUCCUGCUUGACCCUCUGAAAUAUUCUUAUUCACUGAUAUUAUACAUGCCCAAACAUCAACGGUCUGCUAAAUUAUAACUCUGAAGACCUAAUUAUAAAAAAUUAUAUCUCCAAGUGGUUCCAAGCAGUUCCCACAACUUCACAUUGUUAUCAAAAUAAGAACUUCAACUGUUGUAUGUGUGAUAAAUUUUAUAAUUUAAAAUUCUGGUGUCAGUUUAAAGGAGAUGUCAUUGCAAAAUUGUGUAUAGCACAGAGUAUAAUUUAGUAUAGGAGAGUUUUUCAAUUUGCAAAGUGUACUGUAUUUUCAUUUGACAAACAGCCAAAGAAAACCCUUGUCAAGACAAGAAUUAAAAAAAAGAAAAGAUGGGUGUUUUGCGGAUAUCCCAUUCUCUAAACCAGAGCUGCCACCUAAUGGGUAUUUGUGAGUAUUACAACAUAUUGGUUAUGCAGAACUUUGAAUAUAUCUCAGUGGAGGAGCUGGAGCAUUUUUUUAUUAUUAUUUUACUUUUUCUCAGCAAUGCAACCAUCUUAUACUACAUAUACAUUUCCUAUUUAUAAACAACAUAACUAAAGUAUAUGUUAGGGGAAAUAAAUAAAUAACAAGUAAAGCUAGAACUACCAGAGAUUAGGUUAUGUAAACAUAUUGUCAGAGACUUUUCAUGUUUUCUGUUUGACUUAAAACUGAGCAGACACAAUCAUGGAAGAGUACAAUAACAUGAGCAAUACACACUGCUCAACCAUGUGGGUCAACACACACACGCACAGAUAUUAACAUGACAUGAGGUUUUAUUAAUGCCAUAAUUUGUAACAAUAAAGAAAUGCUGUGGUGGGGAGGGGGCAUCAUCUGACAUCUUGAAAGAUGAUGCAGAGCACAUGUCCACACAUAUUUUUGCUUAGGUAGCCUAGUUGGGUAUUUCAUGAUGUUUUAAGAAAUGAUAAUUAGCUUUUGUCAUAUUUCUAACAACUAUGUGGCUACUUACACCCAUGAAUGAAUAUAUUUCAAUAGAUAGAUAGAUACUUUAUUGAUCUCCAAGGGGAAAUUCAAGGUCUC